AUGUUCAAGAUCGCAAUCGCCAAAUUGGAUUCCGACGGCUACAAUUACAAGAAAAAGAAGUCGAGAUCGAAGUUGAUUUCCAAUGCUGGGCAAGACCUGCAGGAUAAACCCCCUAAGAAAAUAUCUCAGGAAAUAAGAACCAAGAGAAUAAACGAGUUAAAUGAAGAUCUUAAAGAGGUUGAUCUCCAGUUAGAUUUGUGUGAGAAACAGCGAAUUAAGCAGACAAAUGUUAAGCAGUAUGCUCAGGCGAUAACCUUGACAGAGCAGAUAUCUGAGCUGCGAAUAAAGAAACGGAAACUGCAGAAUGAAUUGGCAAACUUACAACGAAAAGAGUCAAAAUCGGUAGCCUACAAGCGGAAGACAAGCCAAAAGUGCAGUACAGAUGGAUAUUCUGGUAAAUCUAGCAAGCAAAUUGAUGUCAUGUUGAAAAGAAGAGCACCUGACCAUCCUGACAACGAUGAAUUAUGUAUUGUUGCAAAGAGGAAAAGUAUUGUCGUGGAGGAAACCGAAUCAAAGCAGAGUCCAGACAAUGAUGACGGCAGAGUUGAAGCAACAUCAAGUGGUCAACAAGAAAAACAACAAGAGGUUCAGCCUGUUACAAAGAGGAAAAGUAUUGUCGUGGAGGAAACCGAAUCAGAGCAGAAUCCAGACAAUGUUGAUGACAGAUUUGAAGAACCAGCAAGUGGUCAACAAGAAAAUCAACAAGAGGUUCAGCCCGAAAAAAAGCAAGAAAAUAUUCCUUCUGAAAAUACCCAGGACGAAACUCCUUUUUUAGAGAAAACGGAGUACCUCUUAUAG